CAGGGGCACUGCGGAGCCUAGGGGCGGCGGCAGCGGCGGCGAAGCAGGAUGGAGAUCCCCGUGCCCGUGCAGCCGUCUUGGCUGCGCCGCGCCUCGGCCCCGUUGCCCGGGCUUUCGGCGCCCGGGCGCCUCUUCGACCAGCGCUUCGGCGAGGGGCUGCUGGAGGCGGAGCUGGCCGCGCUCUGCCCCGCCGCCCUGGCCCCCUACUACCUGCGCGCACCCAGCGUGGCGCUGCCUACCGCCCAGGUCCCGGCGGAGCCUGGGCAUUUCUCGGUGCUGCUGGACGUGAAGCACUUCUCCCCGGAGGAAAUCGCCGUCAAGGUGGUUGGCGACCACGUGGAGGUGCAUGCGCGCCACGAGGAACGCCCGGACGAGCACGGAUACAUCGCGCGCGAGUUCCACCGCCGCUACCGCUUGCCCCCGGGCGUGGACCCUGCCGCGGUGACGUCCGCGCUGUCCCCGGAGGGCGUCCUGUCCAUCCAGGCUGCACCCGCGGCGGCCCAGGCCCCACAGCCGCCGCAGGCUGUUGCCAAGUAGGCGGCACGCCUGCACCCCGGGAGCCGCGUCAGGCCCCCUCUUUUAAAGCCGACCUGACUCCGCCCAGCCAGAUGUCCCGAGCGAGCGCGCCCAAACCACCCUCCCAAUCUGGGAUCCUGCCCCGACCCUUCCCACGUAGACCCUGCCCUGGUCAUGUAGACCAUUCCAUGGACGCUCCCGCUGUCACACCCCCUCCAGCUUUCGAAUUCCUCACACGUCCCUAGCUUCCAGGCCCUCCUUCAGCCUACAGCCUCCUGGCCCCACUGACCCCACUUUCUUGGCAUAUAAAUCCACUCAAACUCCCUCCUCCACUUCCUUCUGACUCAUCUAUUAAAACAUCUCCACAUCUCAUUACUCCUCUCCCCUCUCCAACACUAGAUUAUGGUGUGGACAACCCUGCCCCCACCCUUGGCCAGUCAAGCAUAAUCCCUCUCCACCCCUCAAAUACCCCAGACUGCAGACCUCCCACCCCAAACCAUCCAGGCCUGGUCCUCAAGACUCUGGAUCCUUCCCCUCAUUCCAACUGGACAAUCUACUCCCCCCACCCAUCUUGUGACUUCUUGAACCUCUUUUCUGACCCUCCACCCUUGGACACCUAUUCCAGGCCUAGCAGGACCCUCAACCUCACUGCACAAAUACCCACUCCAUAUCCCCAGACUCUGCACAGAUAUCCUAAGCCCCAUCCCCAACUCUAAACCCCCCACCCCCAUGAUCAUUCUGUCUUAACCCUCAAGUCUCCAACCAUAUAUCCCAGGUAAUCCAUCUUUCACAUACCUCCCCUCAUUCUCCAAAAUCCAACCAAGCAGCCACUUUUGCUUUGGUUCCCCACAACCCUUCUUGAUAUUCCCUGCCACCCCAUCCCCUUGCCCAUUUCCCCCAAUAAAUGUGCUAGAGCUGUG